AAAUUAUUAUACUCACUAACAAACAGUACACUCACUGCAAACUGCAUCAUCACUCAAACUUUCUCUUUUCAAUAUCACUAUCUGCCAACCAAUGAUGCAUCAUUGUUGCAGUAGCUCUCAGCAAGGUCACAUAAUGGGAGGAGGAGGAGGAACAUGCACAUGCGGUAUGUUUCAUCCACAAACCAACUCUAACUACUCCAUGAUUUUCUCUAACUACCAAAACCAUGAUCAUUACGACCAAUACGAUUCCUACUCCUACACUUCUCCAUCUUCUUCUGUUGACUGUACACUCUCCCUUGCUACCCCUUCCACGCGUUUAUCUGAAGACCAAGAGAAACGAACCCGUCGCUCUUCUCUUACCAAAUUCUGGAACAAUAAUACUAACCAUUCAAAUUCAAACUCAAACUCAAACUCAAACUCAAAACACCAUUCUCAAUCUCAAAACAAAUCAAACCGAGGAAACAACAUUGGUAAUAACUCCAACAAUGAUUCUCUUCUCGCUCGUCGAUGUGCUAGCUGUGACACCACUUCUACACCUCUCUGGAGAAAUGGUCCUCGUGGCCCAAAGUCACUAUGCAAUGCUUGUGGGAUUAGAUACAAGAAAGAAGAACGAAGAGCGAAUGCUGCCACGUCAGCCGCGACAACAGGCGGUGUAGUGGAUUCAAGCAGCCUCUACAGCAACAACAACAAUAACAACGGUGCAUGGUACGGACAACCGCAAAGUCAAAUGUACGGGAACGAGUUACGGUUCAUGGAGGAUUCAGAUGUAGAAUCAGAGAAUGGGAUUCCGAAUUUUCUAUCUUGGAGACUCAACACGAGUCUUGUUCAUGAUUACACCAGAUGAGUGAAGGAAGCGUUAAUGGAGUUAAUACGUUAAUAUUACAACAGAAAGAAGAAAAAGGAUGAUGUAGAUGUAGUUUACGUCAAUGUUUUACAAUGAUGAUGAUGAUGAUGUAGAUGUUUUUGAUUGCGAUGGUUAUGAUGAUGGUCUAGUCAACGUUAUUUUACUUUUUUGACCUUUUUCUUUUUCAUCUGGUUCUUUUCUUUUCUCUGUCUUCUUGCUUAAGAAUAUGGAGAUAGAAUCGGAUAAAUUCUAUAGAGUAUG